AUGCGAACGCAAAGCCUCCUGAAGCAAGACAGUAAAGAUGCCAACGUCGACAUUGACGGUCUCCGCGAGCUCAUAUUUACUAAGAAAAGAGAAUCGGACCCUGGCAAAAUCGAAGUUCCUGCUUAUAUCUUGAAAAAGGCAAACCACGAUGUCUUCAAUCACAUCAAAGAAAAAGCAAGAAAAAACUUUCAAAUCUAUAAACGGCCGAGCCAGUGGAAAUCAUCGUCACUGGACGAACAAAAGUACAAGCACGAUGCAAAGUUGUAUUUCAAAAAACUCUCAAGCGAGCCCCUCGUCUAUGGGAAACUGAUAAACACUCCCAUCCAAAUUGGAGAUUUGGUCACGUUAGGAACAGAGAGUUUGAGAGUAUACCUUGUCACGGGCUUGCCGAAAACGUUUGGGUCUCGUAUAGUGACCCUUGCGUCUGAUAUGGGACAAGUCAUCUUUGCUCACACUUCAACUAUAAAUUGUCGAAUACCGGGAGCUAUCCCCUCGUCGUACGAGAGGCUUAUAAAGAAGCUCGUUUCGCUAGAGCGAAAACUGCUCGAUAUUGAGCCCGUGGGUGUGCCCGAUCCGCACUUCUCCAAGUCAAAAGAAGCGUUGCCCGUUGAAUUGCAAAAUCGAUAUGUCAAUGACCAUGUGAACCAGAUUGAACUGGAAGAGACCGAGUUGGAUCCAAACAAUUUUCUCAUGGCUCAAGCCUCGGCGAAAUUGUUGGUCAACUCCCCCGUGCAGACUUUUCUCAUUCACAGAGAAGAAAGAGCAAUAUUUUGCAAAGGGUUGUUGCAAGUUGCAAAUGAAGCCUUUGGCAUGAUUUCGCAAAUCAAUUUGCAAUUGGAGAAACUCCAUCGGGUUUUGCAACGUGAUGCCACGGGAGAGUUGAAUGCGCCUCGCACAGUGUCGAUAUUUGAGCUAUUGUACAAACUCGACGAGUGUAAAGCAACUAAAGAACCAAGUGCCAGUGCCAGUGCGCUGUUGGCACAGAAGCCGGCAGAUGCUGUUGAUUACGAUAGCAUACCGUUUUCAAUACCAAAGUACUUAGCGGUUGUAUUUGCAUUGAGAAAACAGAGCAGGUUGUGGACAAUUCAAAAAGAUCCAAACUCGCCGUCAAAAGUCACGAUAUGGCCCAUGGGCCAGAUUUCCCAUGUAGAUGCCACGCAAAACUAUUUGGAGAAUAGCGGUGGGAUUGACGAGAUUGCAGAAUAUUGCGUUGAUAAACUAAUAGUCGGUGAGAAAAAAAGUGGCACACGCAAGCCGCCGGUAAUGUAUCAACUGGUGAUUGAGAUGUUGAAGGAGUACAUUAAUGGGAAGUACGAUAACAAUGCCAAAAUCUCAACAAUGUUGGUUGCGCUUUUGAGAAGGACUGAUGCGUUAUUGCUAGAGUCUGGAGUCACGCCCAUUGAAGAUGCUUACAAAUUUGAGUACUCUUUUGGCAAGGCGUUUGAUUUGUUAACCAAGUUGAACGAUGGCAAAACUGAAAACCCCGUGAAAUGGUCUCGAGAGGCAGAUCUUGCGGGACAAAGGUUGUCGCCAAAGGCUGAUUUGAGGCACGAUUACUACCGAUACUUUGACGAUGCUUAUAGCGCCACAACCAAAGAUGAAUUUAUGGAAAACUGUUUGCUGUCAAAUUUAUAUCAUCAGGAUCCCAUGGCUAGCUCUAGAGUCGACAUGACGGACGAGUGCGUCUACUGUAUUGAUGAGCCUACGGCUCAUGAAAUCGACGACGGGAUCUCGAUAAGUGAAGUGGACGGCAACGACGACAAGUAUGUGAUUUCCAUCCACAUUGCUGAGCCCAGUUCCUAUAUCCGGCCAGACUCAGUCAUCAGCUCCAUUGCUUUCGAUAAAUCUUCAACGCUGUAUUUUCCGGAAGAUGUGUUUCCCAUGUUGCCCAAAUCAAUCUCAAAUAUUGCCGGCUUGGGUGUCAAUGGACAAGAAACCAGGACGUUUGUGAUUCAGUAUAAAUUGAGCAAGAAAGACGUGGAUGACUUCAUUCGCGCCAAGAAGCAAGACCCCCUGUUCACGCCCAACCGUUCUACUUUGCAGGGAAUUCAGCAACAAAUUGACGCUACUGGAGAAAUCAAAUUUGCCUUGGCCAAGCGGUUCCGCCAGGGUUUCACCUACGACGCCGUCAACAAGCUUCUUGACGAUCAUGACAAAAGUAGAGAGUUCUUGGAAAGGGGCAACUCCAGUGAUGCUGAUUUUAACAAUUUGUUGAGGCUUCUGCACGUGUCCAAAUUGCUUCGCCAAUUGAGAAUGUCAAAUGGUGCUUAUUUUGGCAGCGACUCCAACCUGCUGGUAUAUAUCGUCAAAAAUAAUGGUAAUGGUAAUGGCGGUGGCGCUGAUGUGAGCAAUGCCGGGGCUGGAGGCAAGUUAACACUAGCAUUACCUCAGACUAACGACACUAUAAGCAUUAAAACGCAAAACCAGCAAGGGGCGUCAACUGAAUUAGUCACUGAAAACAUGAUUAUAGCCAAUUACCUCAUGGCGAAAGUGGCCUCAGAAAAGGGGAUAAAGAUUCUUUACAAAUGCCUGGAUCCGAAAUUCAGCCCCGAUUUACGCCAGGAGUUUCAGCAAUUGCUCAAUUUGCAACACGCAGGCGAGGACAUACCAAGCGACAAAUUGGUGAAUCUCUAUGGUUCAUUGACGAGGACUUUCAUGUCCGAUGAGCCUGGAAAGCAUUUCCUUAUGGGGCUCAAGAUGUACUCCAACGUUUCAUCACCCUUGCGACGUUACAUCGACAUGGUGAAUCAGUGGAAAUUCCAAGACCAUUACUUGCUGCAGAAUACGCUUAGUGAUGAGUCUAUCCCGGGGAUAAUCUCGCGGUUGAAUGCCAGAUCCGAGAUCUUGCGAAGCAUGGACAAAAGAAGCAAAUCUUUCUGGCAGGCGUUGAUGUUGAAAAUGUUCACUCUGGAGUAUAUCAGCCCCGAGACCAUGGCCAAGGACCUUGACUUGCAAAUCAGCUUGCUUGCUAGCCCCGCCAGGACUGAUCUUGUUGCCGUGAAUAUAAGUCCCUUUGGCAAUGUCCGUUCGCACAUCGAAGUGUCCAAAGAGUUGCUAGCUGAUCUCGACCUGGGGAUGGCUGAAGUCGGCGGCAUCUUGGACCCCACCAGAUUGACACUUAAAAAGAUUGACAUCAUCGAAAACGAGGCCGUUUUCGAAUACAGAUAG